ACCCUCGAGUGCUGCCACUGCAGGGCGGUGCAAACAUCUACCACGAAAGAGGGCUUAAAUAUUCCACCUAAAUUCUAUUUGCCUUUCCAGUGAGUUGUCGUCAAUAACGGACUUUUCGCACAGAGCCCACUAUUGCCAUGGAGGAGACUGACAGGGAGGCGGUUGCCACAGCAGCACAGAGAGUAGCCGGGAUGCUACAGCGGUCAGACCAGCUGGACAAAGUGGAGCAGUAUAGGCGCAGGGAGGCCCGCAAAAAAGCCUCAGUAGAAGCAAGGCUAAAGGCAGCUAUCCAGUCCCAACUGGAUGGCGUACGCACUGGCCUCUGCCAGCUCCACACUGCCCUGCUGGAUGUCAAGUCCAUCCAGGGCUCCCUAGCAGAUGUCAGCAAGGACUGGAGACAAAGCAUCAACACCAUUGAGAACCUGAAGGAUGUGAAGGAAGCUGUUGUGCAGCAUAGCCAGCUGGCUUCAGCUGUGGAGAAUCUCAAGAACAUCUUUUCUGUGCCAGAGAUCGUGCGGGAGACCCAGGAGCUGAUUGAGCAGGCUGAACUCCUGCAGGCACAUCGCAAGCUUAUGGACCUGGAGUGCUCGCGUGAUGACCUCAUGUACGAGCAGUACCGCCUGGACAGCCGCAACACCCAUGACAUGAACCUGAUCCGAAACUACUUUGGUGAGGUGCAGGGGCUCUCAGAGGAGCUAGCCAAGCAGCUGUGGAUGGUGCUGCAGCGUGCCAUUGUGACUGUUCGGCGCGACCCCACCAUGCUGGUAUCAGUAGUGCGCAUCAUUGAACGUGAGGAGAAGAUAGAUCGCCGCAUGCUGGACCGCCGACGGCAGACGGGAUUCAUACCUCCUGGGCGGCCAAAGGCCUGGAAAGAGCACAUGUUUCAGGUGUUGGAGGGCACGGUGUGCACACGCAUUGAGGGCACACAGUCAGAGACCCGCGAGUCAGACAAGAUGUGGCUGGUGCGCCUCCUGGAGAUCACCAGGAAGUACGUGCUAGAUGAUCUGACUGUGGUGAAGAACCUCAUGGUACAAUGCUUCCCACCGCACUACGGCAUCUUUCGUAUCUUCUUUGACCUGUACCAUCGUGCCCUCUCGGCCCGCAUACAGGAACUAGCAGCUGAGGACCUCGAAGCAAACGAAAUUGUGUCACUGCUCACCUGGGUGCUCAACACAUACACAAGCAUUGAGAUGAUGGGCCACCCUGAACUUGCUGCAGAGUGUGACAUCAAUGAGCUGGAGCCCCUUCUCCCUCAGGAUAUGGUGGAUGAGCUUCUCCACAAGUACAUCCAGACCAUCUCUUCCAACAUCACUGGAUGGCUUCGCAAGGCCCUGGAAACGGACAAGAAGGACUGGAAGAGGGAUACUGAGCCAGAUGCAGACCAGGACGGCUACUACCAGACCUCGCUUCCCGCCAUUGUCUUCCAGAUGUUCGAGCAGAACCUGCAAGUGGCAGCCCAAAUAAACGAGACCUUCAAAGAGCAGGUGCUACACCUGUGUUUAAAACAGAUGACCUCCUUUCUGCAAAGGUACCGAGAAGAAACAGUUGUGUACAAAGAUGAGCACUUGAAAUAUCGCCAGUUGCCUCAGUGCUACGUUCAAUACAUGAUCGCCAUCAUCAACAACUGCCAGACGUUCAAGGAGUCUGUUAACAGUUUAAAGAAGAAGUAUUCCCUGACCACAGAGCCUACUCAGAACGAUGCUGCCAUCGACAGGACUCUGAGCGAGGUGGCCAAAGAUGGCUGCCAGUUUCUGCUGGAUGAGGUCUUCUUGGACCUGGAGCACCACCUGAGUGAGCUGCUGACCAGGAAGUGGCUGGGGGGGUGCCACGCAGUAGACACCAUCUGCGUCACUGUAGAGGACUACUUCAACGAUUUUGCCAGGAUUAAGAAGCCCUACAACACAGAGAUGACGAGCGAGGCCCAUCGCAGGGUGGUGGUUGAAUACAUCAAAGCUGUGAUGCAGAAGAGAAUAACUUUCAAGAACGCAGACGAGCGCAAGGCGGGUGCAGACAGAAUGAUCAAGGAGGCUGAGCAAUUCAAGACCCUUUUUGGGAAGCUGUCUGCGGGUGAAGACACAGACCGGCUCUGUGACAGCAUAACCGCCAUCGCAGAGGUAUUCAAGCUAACAGACCCCUCGUUGCUGUACCUCGAAGUUUCAACCCUUGUUUCCAAGUACCCGGACAUCAGGGAGGAGCACGUGCUGGCCCUUCUGGCCGUGCGGGGGGACGCCAACCGCGACAUGAGACAGACGAUCAUUGAAACACUGAACCAGAGCAAGGUCUCUGUGGCGGCCAUCACCCAGCCCAUAUUCAGGGACAUCACAGUUCCCACCAUCGCCUCCAUGGCUGUUCCAAAGCUGUUGAAGUAGCCUGGUGCAGCUCAUGUUCUGUGUGUGUCUGCUCGUGUGCAUGCGUGCAUGCAUACUUGCACUCUGACCAACAGGUUGGCCCUAACUGUACUUUCAUAUGCACUUUGUAAAGGUGGGAGGGAGGAGGUAGGACAAACAGUAUUACUGAGGUGGCUUCCUGUUGUCGGCUUUGCAGCAAUAACAGGUUUGCAGGAUAACUGGUGUACAGAGAACCCCUCAAACUAUUAGAUCGGUGUGGAUGGAGUGUGUGGUUUUGUUUUUAAUGGUAUCUUUCAGCGAUUUGACAUUUAUUAAUACAUAAUAUUUCUUUAUCCAUUCAUUUCAUCAUCCUUCAUUCAGAUGAGUAGUGUUCAGUUUUGUCUCAUGUCAGUAAUUCUCAAAGCUCCUUAUUUUCCAUUUUGCAAAAGUUGACCAAGAUAUGCUGCGUUUGAAAACAUCCACAGAACAGUUAUCUUAUAUUCCAGGACAGUCCUUAGUCUGAUGGGAGCAACAAGACUACGAACCUGUCUUAACUGUUUCCCUCAUACAAGGUGGGGAAAAAAGACCUAUAGUGAACAGUGUUAAUGCAUCUCACGAGGAUGGUUUUUCGUUUCAUUUUCACCUUUGUUGGUGUUUUUCCGUGUCUCUGCCAUGACUACUGCAUUUCACAUACUGGAUGUUUCAAAAAUGUCUGGUAUAAAGAUUAAUAA